CGGAUUUCCUUGUAAGAAGCGUGUGGGAAGGAGAGGAGGUGACUUACGUGACGGAAAGAGUAAACAGAGCCCUAUCGAGAUGAAGAACAGUCAUUCGCACGGCAUCAUCGUCGCCGUUCUGCAAGUUAUCUUCUUCGUCCUCUUCAUCAUCUUUGCCAAAUACCACCCAGAUGCCGACGCUCGCCAAAACCCCCUGGUCAACGGAACGAAAUUGGAGAACAAACUGUCUAAACGCGUAUUGACCAUCAAUAUUAAUACACAUGCUAAUCACUCUUCCCUCCGCCUCCCAGUGUUCCAAGAUGUACACGUCAUGAUUUUCAUCGGUUUCGGAUUCCUGAUGACUUUCCUGAAGAAGUAUGGAUUUUCCUCCGUCGGGAUCAACUUCCUGGUGGCCGCGACGUGCCUGCAGUGGGCGCUCCUCGUCAAUGGCUUCUUCCAUCUGCACUACAACAAAAUCAUUAUCGAUAUCAACGCUCUCUUAGCCGCCGAUUUCACUGCGGCCGCGGUGCUGAUCAGCUUCGGCGCCGUGUUGGGGAAGACGACGCCGACGCAGCUGAUCAUCAUGACCUUGAUCGAGAUCCCCAUCUUCGUCAUCAACGAGGUCAUCGGCAGGCAGUACCUCGGGGCUAUUGACAUGGGUGAUUCCAUGUUCGUCCACGCCUUCGGGGCCUACUUCGGGCUGGCCGUGAGCUUCGUUCUCUACCGCGAGGACCACAGCACGGAGAAGGAAGGGUCGUCGUAUAGGUCCGAUUUGUUCGCUAUGAUCGGAACGGUCUUCCUGUGGCUGUACUGGCCCUCGUUCAACAGCGGGGCGGCCCCUGGAGACGACCAACACCGUGCCGUCAUCAACACCUACAUCGCCCUCUGUUCGUGCACCCUGACCACCUUCGCUCUCUCCUCCCUUGUCGACAAAGAAAAGAAAUUCAAUAUGGUGCACAUUCAGAACAGCACCCUGGCCGGAGGUGUGGCCGUUGGAACAGCAGCCGAUCUCAUGAUCCACCCUUGGGGCGCCGUCCUCAUCGGAAUGCUCGCCGGCACCAUUUCGGUCUUUGGCUAUGCUUAUCUCACGCCGUUCCUGGCCUCCCGCCUCCGGGUCCACGACACCUGCGGCGUCCACAACCUCCACGGAAUGCCUGCGGUCCUGGCGGGCAUCGUCGGCUGCGUCGCCGCCGCCUUCGCCUCCGAGGAGACCUAUGGGCCCAGCCUGUACGAAAUCUUCCCGAACCGCGCUCCUGCCGCCGACACAGAGGACUUCGAGCGCCUCCAGAACAUCCUUCCCGAUCUGGAGGCAGGCCCUGGGUACUCGGCAGGAGGUCAGGCCGGGAACCAGAUCCUCGCCCUGCUCAUCACGCUGGUCAUCGCCAUCAUAGGAGGGGUUAUCACAGGCUUCCUCCUCCGGGUCGAAAUUUGGGGAAGGCUCCGCACAGACGAUCUUUACGAAGACGAAAAAUACUGGAUAAUUGAGGAGGAAGAAGAGGAACACCAUAUGAGCAGCGUGCACAUCCCUAUGACGUCACCAGCUGAUAACGGAACAUCGAAGUAGAAAGUAGAGAGAAGAAAAGAAAAAAAAACAAGUGAAGUCGGAUGUGUUUUCGAAGCGUAUAUGUUUUUUUUUUUUUUUUCGUUUCCGCUUGAGGAUGCAUAGGUGCGUGUGUUUGUGAUACUUGGUUUGUGUAUUGGGUGAUGUGUAGAUAUUUGUGUUUGUGUGUGUGCGUGUGUGUGGAAAAGAAUGUUGGAUUUGGUUUCCUAUUUUAAAGGAAGAGAGGAAAUUUGACUUUUUUUUUUCAUGAGAAGUUGACUGUUUAGUUUAGCUUCACAUAAAAAAAGGUAAUUUGACCAGACUUUUUUUUUUACAUAGGAAGUUGACUCUUAAAUUUGGAUUCAUGUUGAAAAAAAAAGUAAUUUGACUUCUUGUUUGCAUGUUGUCUGUCAGUUCGAAGCUAACAAGACUAGAAUAUUAGUGUAGAAGUUAAUAUAAAGCGUGAAUUAAUUGAUCAUAGUAUAAAUUUUCUAUAAAAAAUAAAAGAAAAUAUAAUUUGAAUGAUGAUAUACUAUCUGAUAACGUGGAUCUAACUAAAUAAAUAGCCAUGGUGAUGAUAAUGAACAAUUUAUGGAAGAAUCUUUGAAAUAUACAUUUAUUUUCGGAUAUAAAACGACACUUUUGAAAACAAAGUGAAAAAUUGAAUAUUACAUAUAUAUAUAUGAUAUAUAUAUAUAUCAAUAUAUAUACAAAUAUAUAUAUAUAUAUAUAUAUGAAAAAAGUAUUAAUGUAAGGUGUCUCUACACAAUGCUAAAAUCAAUAACCUAAGUAUUGGGACAGAUUUUAAAAGCGUUAAGCAGAUAUACUCAUAAAAUUUUGUAAAGUUUCUCUUGUGAGAAGCGUUAGAUAACUUUACUUUUAAGGAUAUUGACUUAAAUGUAAUUUCGUUAGGGUAACGUGCCAGUAUACUUUAUAUAAAUUUUUGAGUGAUUGAAUCAUCUUUUUUUGAUUUUCAGUUUAUUAUUAGAAAUAGGUGUGGAAGACGUUUUAAUUUUUUUCUUCUUUUUUUUUAAUAGUUACUAUGUGGUGUGAUGAAUGACAGGAUCGAAUAUUUUCCGAUUUUUUUUAUGCUUUUGUGUGAUUCUUUUUGAAUGGAAAAUGUAAAAGACAACAGUGCUUUUAGAUAAAUUACUAAGCUUUAAGCUUAACUUUGUUAUGUGCAAAUUAUUUUUUUUUUUUAAUUAAGGCAAAUGAGCAGAAUAAUAAUAUAAGAUUUAUGAUUCUUAUUUUACUGUUUUUUAUGGUGAUAAUAAUCACAAAAAAAUAUUACAAAUUAUGAAUUGCUUUUACGUUAUACGAAGAACUGUACUUCUUUAACAGAACAAACGGAUUUUUUUUUCUGUUUCCCAGAAACAAAAGACAUACCAAUAUUUCUAACGAAUUCAUAUAUGUCUUUUUUUUAAGUUUUCAGAUUUAAACAUACCUCCUUUUAGAUUAUUUUAUGAAUCCAUGUUUUUUUUUCGAUCAUAUUAAGGAAAUAACCAAAGGAAAUGUUAAUGCAGGAUUACAUACCCAAGAUAUUUUGAAAUAACAUUUACACCUGUAGGCCUAUUAGUCAUUCUUUAGAUUUACGUGUAUCUUUCUAAACCCAAAUCAAUAAAAAAUAUAAAUAAA